UUUGGGGUGGACUUUCGCGCUCAGUGCAAGUGACUACCGCGUCCGAAUUGUACCCUCCUCUUGUUUAGACAGAGACAAAAUGUGGCAACCCGGAUGGGUGGUGAUCCUCCUAACCAUCGCCUACUGCCACUGUCAUCUUCGUUUCCCCUACGGAGACACCAACUUUAGCCUCAACGUCUACAAGGCCGCCUUUGAUCCGGAGCAUAAUGUUGUCGUCGCGCCGUUUGUGUUGCGCAACAGUGUUGCGAUGUUGUACUCGAUCGCGAGCGGAGCGACGCGUACGCGACUGCAGGAGGUGUUCCGAUUGCCAAUCAAUUUUACGGAGUAUCUAACGCAACAAAAGGAAUUGCACUAUAUGCUCGGAGGAAAUGGUGACGGAUUUCGAAUGAAAAAUCGGAUAAUUGUGAACGGGUUCCGAGAUGUGGACGAACAUUUAAGGGAUGUUAUGAAGGACGAGCUGGACACAACGAUAGUGUACCUCGAUUUCGGACAGCACGAUGGAGUGGUACGACGAGUUAAUCAUUUUGUAAACUUCAAUUCAAACCACGUAGUGACCGGGAUGAUAAAAUCGGAGGAUGUUCCCAAGCAUCUGCAAUUGAUUCAACUGUGCGCAGCGUCCUUCAAGCCACCCUUUGAGCAUGCAUUCGAUCCGAAGGAUACCGUUCCGAGGGACUUUCGGAGUAGGUUGAUCGAGAAGCUUUAUUCGACGAUGACCAUGUUCCGGAGAGGUGAUUUCAGAUUUUCCCGCAUCCCUGAGCUGGAGAUUGAAGUGUUAGAACUGCCGUUUGUAAAAAUAAGUGAUGCUGUCAUGUGGAUUAUGCUUCCUGACAGGGAAGCUACCCUGGAAACGAUCAUGAAAUCGCUAGAGCCGGGACAUUUCGAUGCCAUACAGGCUCAUUUUUCGAUGAAACGUGCGGAAAUAACCAUUCCUUUGUUCACCAUCGAAACCCAGUUCAAUGCAACCGAUUUUCUGAAGCAGACCAUGGGGUUAGAGGUGCUAUUUAAGCAGCAUGAUUUGAGGGUUUUCGAUGAUCACGACUCGUCGCUCGAUACGGUGGUGCACAGUGCCGGAAUUCGCUUCUACGAGAAAACCGCCAACGCCGGGGGAGCUUCGGUGGCGCGAAGCUUCAGCAAACGAAACGCCGCAUAUCAAUACGUGGUGGCACGAUCGUAUUUGUUUGUGAUAGUGAAGAAAACAAAUAAACAAAUCUUGUUUAUGGGUCAUUUACACAAGCCAGAUAAUUUAGUGGAAGUUUGAAUAAAAUCAGUGAAUGUGAUAA